AUGUCGUCAACGAAGAAACCACAAACGCCACGCGAGCUCUUGGAACUCCGGGAUUGCCUCAACAAGUAUCUGCUCAAGGAUGAAAUUAGUGUCAAUCGAGAGAUGGUUCAAAAAGCUUACAACGCCACCAACAAGAUGAUCCAGCUCUUCAAGGAGAAAUGGGAAAUGGAAGACCUUGAGUACCAGCAAAAAUGCCAAAUCGAAUCUCUUCGAAAGCAGCACAGACAAGUUGCCGAUGUGCGAGAUGGUCUUCAGCGAACUCGAGCAACAAAUGAAAAGACAAUCAAGACUACUGAUUACGAUUUGGAUGAAGCCAUUGAAUAUGGCGAAUGCCUUGACAACAAAAUUGCUCGUUUGACCAAGACCACCAACGAGCUCAACGACAUUAAAAACACCAAGCAGGCUAAAUACGAUGCUGAGAUUGCUGAGCUCACCGCCGAGAAGCAACAAAUCGAAGAUGAACUCAACGCUGACGUUUCUGUCAAGACCGCCGAGAACGACAAGUACAAGAAGGCCAUCAGCGCCGCGAAGAACUCCGUUGGUGGGCUUACCAACGCACUUACUGCUUGCAAGAACACUUUGGAAUCUGCGAUGUAA